AUGGGAAAGGAGCUUACCAUUCGGAGCACGUUGAGUAGUUGGAGAGAAGAGAAGAUGAUGGCGGCGUCGAAUGCCUUUGACGAGGAGACCUUGAAUGGGGAAGCCCAGAACCAAGACACCAACGGCUACGAGAGCCGAGUAUCCAAGGUUGGCAAUCAACAGACCGAGAGCGAGAAUGAUCUACAGUUCAACACUGGCGCACCUGUGACAGAAACCGAGGGCGAAAUCGAGACGGGUCGUAUCGGUGGAGAGCAUGGUCACAGCCUCAAUGAUUUACGAAAGAUUUGGCCAAUGAUCUGUAAAGGGUUAGCCUUUGCCGAAGAGGGAGGUAAAGAGUACGAACCGUAG